GCAAUGAAAGCGAGAUGCGGAGGAUCUCUCCCAAUGAAAUUGAUUAAAAAAUAGUGACGUCUUUAUCGGCGAUCGAGUGGAAUAAAAUACAUGCACAUUAUGGUCUCUUCAUUUCAGCUUUCUUCCCCUAAUUUCUGAUCCUCCCAUCUGUCUGGUUACUCUCACUCAGAUCCAUUCCUUUUUCAUUCCUUCAUUCAUUUCCAUUUCGUUUGAGGGCUUUCUUCUCCAGCUCUCUAACGAUCGACUCUCCAAAAUUCCCACCAAAAUAGUCCUAAACAACUUGUAAAUCAUCAAAAAUAUUUUCAUAUCCCUUCUCCAUUUCACACUUUGCAGAAUCGUUGAAAUUCAUCAACGGAAGCGUAUUGCUUCGGCCCUUUUUCCGGCCCCGAUUUCACAAAAAAUUCAAUUUAGAGAGAAAUUAGGUCGCAUCAGUAUUCUUGCAGACAUAUAAUAUAACAAAAGAAAAAGAAAUUCAAGGCAUAGUGUUUCUUCGAGGAGGAUCACUCUAGGCGAAACGCCAAAAAAUUCAAUCUUAUCUAACGUAAGAGGAGGGAAUUUUCCCGGGCCCUAAUAUUAAUUGGGUGGGGGGUUAUGGUGUUGGUGUGAUCAGAAACAGUUAAGAGAUCAAAUUCGUGAGGGGUUGUGAGUGAUGGAUAUUGCGUCGCAGUUGAAGCGCGGGAUCUCGCGCCAGUUCUCGACCGGGUCGUUGAAGAUGAGCCGGAGAUUCAGUUUCCAGCGGCAGAACUCGCUGGACCCUCGGCGGAACAAUUUCCGGUUCAGCUUCGGGCGGCAGUCGUCGAUGGACCCCAUACGGCGGACUCCAAUGACGGACGACGGCGCCGACGAGGAGCUGACGGUGCCGAGCAACCUCGACAGCACAAUGCAGCUGCUGUUCAUGGCGUGCAAAGGCGACGUGGCUGGGGUGCAGGACAUGCUGGAUGAAGGGGUUGAUGUCAACAGUAUCGAUUUGGAUGGCCGGACGGCGCUCCACAUCGCCGCCUGCGAGGGCCACGUCGAGGUCGCCAAGCUUCUCCUGAGCAGGAAGGCCAACAUUGAUGCGAGGGAUCGAUGGGGCAGCACGGCUGCUGCUGAUGCCAAAUAUUAUGGAAAUGUGGAAGUUUUUAAUAUAUUGAAAGCUCGUGGAGCAAACGUUCCAAAAACCAAAAAGACACCCAUGACGGUUGCAAAUCCUCGUGAAGUUCCAGAGUAUGAGCUCAAUCCAUUGGACAUUCAAAUAAGAAGAGGUGAUGGCAUAUCUAAGGGAUCUUAUCAAGUUGCUAAAUGGAAUGGCACUAAAGUUUCAGUAAAGAUACUCGACAAGGAUGGCCAUACAGACCAUCACUCGAUAAAUGUGUUCAGGCAUGAAUUAACCUUGUUAGAAAAGGUUCGGCAUCCUAACGUGGUUCAGUUUAUUGGUGCUGUCACCCAAAAUAUGCCUAUGAUGAUUGUUUUGGAGUAUCAUUCGAAAGGUGACCUCGCUGGUUACCUUCAAAAGAAAGGUCGCCUAUCCACGUCUAAGGCACUACGGUUUGCUCUUGAAAUUGCCAGGGGCAUGAAUUGUCUUCAUGAGUGCAAGCCCGAACCAAUUAUACACUGCAAUUUAAAGCCAAAAAAUAUUUUGCUGGAUUUUGGAGGGCAGCUGAAGGUUGCAGGGUUCGGUGUUACUAGGUUAUCAGCACAACCACCUGAUAAAGUAAAACUUUUGCAGCCCGAGGCCACAGAUCGUUCAAAUGUGUACAUGGCACCAGAGGUGUACAAGGACGAACCAUUUGACAAAAGUGUUGAUGUGUACUCUUUUGGAGUUAUGCUAUUCGAGAUGAUGGAGGGGUCUCCGCCAUUUUCUUCAAAGUCUCCUGAUGACGCUACCAGGAUGAUUUGCUUAGAAGGAAAGAGACCGCCAUUCAAGUCAAAAUCCAAAUCCUUUCCUCCAGAACUGAAAGAGUUGAUCGAGGAAUGCUGGCAUUCGAGUCCCAGUGUGAGGCCGACAUUCCCUCAGAUCAUAGUGCGAUUAGAUAAAAUUGUGACGACAUGUUCCAAACAAGGAUGGUGGAAAGACACGUUCAAACUCCCAUGGUAUGCUCACACGCCCCUUUUGCUUUCCGUCUCUUGCUCCAGUAAUUAAAAACAAAACUUACACAUGUUGGUUCCUGCAUAGCUUCGUCUUCUCUGAAUUAUACGUGCUGCAACGAGUCAUGUUUCCUUGUGAUGUCGUGCAGGAAAUGAGGGGUGCUCACAGUGUAUCGGAUGGGAGAAUCCAUUAUUUUUCAGCACCUGAGCUUAGAACGAAUCUUGUACAGCACACGCCACGUUCAAAGGAAGUAAUGCGGAUCAUAACCGAGUGAGAAGAACAAGUCAGGGAAAGGACAAAAAUAAGAUAAAGAGCGAUUUGUAUUUACAGAUUUAUAUAUAUGCAUAAUAUUUUUUGUUGCGGUA